AAAUGUAAGAUAUAGAAACAAUACUCUUUGUUUCUAAACAUUACAGUCACACCAGAACGCAUGGCCCUUCAUGGAACCUGUAAAGAAGAAUGAGGCACCUGGUUAUUACCAAGUCAUCCGGUUCCCAAUGGAUCUAAAGACGAUGAGCGAGCGCCUAAAGAGUCGCUACUACACGAUGCGGAAACUGUUCAUGGCCGACAUGCAGCGGAUAUUCACUAACUGUCGCGAGUACAACCCUCCCGAAAGCGAGUACUACAAAUGUGCCAACCUACUGGAGAAAUUCUUUUACACCAAGAUCAAAGAGGCGGGCCUCGUUGACAAGUAGUCUUACUGGCAAGUA